AAUAUGAGUGUAGACAUUAAUCCGUUGACAGCCGCACGCGGCGAAACGCAAGGAGGUAACGAGUAUUUCUUUUUUUUUUAUAAAAAAGUGAAGUGACUCAGGUUCAGUUUGUUGCUGAUAAAUGGUUUCGAAGUGAAGAACAAAGUGUGUAAAAAGCACCAUGGCUGCUGAAGAAGGUGUUGGCAUUGGAGAUUUUGUUCUUCUCGAUGAAAUAACCCUCGAGAAAGUUGUUGAAAAUUUACGAGUCAGAUUCAAUGGUGGUAAAAUUUACACGUACAUUGGAGAGGUUUGUGUGAGCGUUAAUCCUUACAGGAGUUCAAAUAUCUACAAUGCGGACUACGUUAACAAAUAUAAAGGGCGAGAGCUUUUUGAGAAUCCACCGCAUAUUUUUGCAAUUGCCGAUGCCGUUCAUAGGGAAAUGAAACAACAGGGUCGCGAUACGUGCAUUGUAAUUAGUGGAGAAUCAGGUUCUGGCAAAACUGAAGCUAGUAAGAUUAUUAUGAAAUAUAUUGCUGCCGUUACUAAUGUUUGUGGCCAGCAGGAAAUAGAAAGAGUGAAAAAUAUUCUCAUUCAAUCGAAUUCAAUUCUUGAGGCGUUUGGCAACGCGAAAACAAAUAGAAAUGACAAUUCUUCACGUUUUGGCAAGUACAUGGACAUUAAUUUCGACUUUAAAGGCGAUCCUGUUGGUGGUGAUGUAACAAAUUAUCUACUCGAAAAAUCUCGAGUUGUUUAUCAGCAAAAGGGAGAGAGAAAUUUUCACUGUUUUUAUCAGUUACUGAAUGGUUGUAACGAAAGCGAACUGAAAUCACUGCAAUUACAAAGAAAUCCAAGUGUCUAUAACUAUUUGAGUUGUGACGUGAACAACAAUAAUGUGAAAGCAACAACAGUUGACAAAACUGAUUAUAAAACUGUCACAAGUGCCAUGUCAACAUUGGGAUUUUCUCCAAAUGAAGUUCAAACAAUUUGGUCCGUUAUUGCCGGUGUUUUAAAUUUGGGUAAUUUAAAAUUUAAUCUUAAUGAUGAUGUAGUCGUGAUUGUCAAUAAAAAUUCACUCAAUAGUGUUGCUCAGUUAUUGUCAAUUAAUUCGAGUGAGCUAAACACUGCCUUAUCGCAUAGAGUAAUUGCCGCUGGCGGGGAAGUUAUGCAAAAAACGCAUACAUUGAAUGAAGCAGAAUAUGGAAGAGAUGCUUUGGCAAAGGCUGUUUACGAAAGGCUAUUUACCUGGAUUGUUCAACGAAUUAAUGAAACAAUUAACGUUAAUGCAACCGGUGUCUAUAAAAUGUAUCGAACUGUGAUUGGCGUCCUGGACAUUUAUGGAUUUGAAAUUUUCGACGUCAAUAGUUUCGAGCAAUUUUGCAUUAAUUAUUGCAACGAAAAACUCCAACAGCUUUUUAUUGAAUUGGUGCUGAAACAGGAGCAGGAAGAAUACAGAAAAGAAGGAAUCGCCUGGCAAAAUAUUGACUAUUUUAAUAAUCAAGUGAUUUGUGACCUCGUGGAACAAUCUCACAAAGGAAUAAUAGCAAUUAUGGACGAGGCUUGCUUAAAUGUUGGAAAAGUGACUGAUGAGUUGCUUCUUGAGGCAAUGGACAAGAAAUUGAAUAAUCACAAUCAUUACACGUCACGACAAUUGAAACCACUGGAUAAGGAAUUGAAGCAUAAAGUUCAAUUUCGAAUAAAACACUAUGCAGGUGAUGUUGUUUACAGUAUCGAUGGAUUCCUGGAUAAAAAUAAGGAUACACUCUUUCAGGAUUUUAAACGUUUACUCUUCAAAAGCAAGAAUUCGAAUAUUAGCAAUAUGUGGCCCGAAGGUGCUCAGGACAUUACUAAGACGACAAAGAGGCCGUUGACUGCGGGGACACUUUUCAAAAAUUCGAUGAUCGCUUUAAUUAAGAAUUUAACGAGUAAAGAGCCAUAUUACGUGAGAUGUAUUAAACCAAACGAGGUGAAGUCUCCCGUGGUGUUCGACGAAGAAAGAGUGAGCCAUCAGGUGCGAUAUUUGGGUCUCGUGGAAAAUAUUCUAGUCAGACGAGCUGGUUUCGUCUACAGACAAUCUUAUGAUAAAUUUCUGAAAAGGUACAAAAUGAUUUCACAAUAUACGUGGCCGAACUUUCGUGGAGGAACCGAUCAAGACGGUGUUCGCACUCUCAUGGAGGAGAAAGGAUUCCAAAAUGACGUUCAGUAUGGAAAAACGAAAAUUUUUAUCCGAUCUCCUAAAACUUUGUUUGCUCUCGAGAAGGCUCGCAGUGAUUUAAUUCCAGGAAUCGUUAUUCUACUGCAAAAACAAUGGCGUGGCUAUUUGGGUAGAAAACGUUAUAAGAAAAUGAAGGCUGCUUUGACAAUAAUGAGAUAUUAUCGUAAUUAUAAACUUUACGUUUAUAUUAACGAUUUAUUGAAGACAUUUAGACAUGCAAAAUCGUUGGGCGAUUACGGCAAGCAUUUACCUUGGCCGCGGGAGAGUUUCGCUGUUCGACAAAGUGCUCCACUAUUGAAGAAAAUCUUCGCCCGAUGGAGAGCUUGGAUGAUAUUGAGACACAUUCCGAAGGAGGAAUGGCCACAGCUCAGAUUGAAGAUGACGGCAGGAGCAGCUCUAUGCAAAAAACGUGCCUAUUGGGGUCAGGAGCGCAAUUGGGAAGGAAAUUACCUUGCUUAUUUGCGUGAGAAUCCACACAGCGAUAUUUUUAAUACAUCCGUUAAUAAUUUAAAAAAUACUGAUCACUUUAAAACCGUCCUCUUCAGCGCUUUCGUUAAAAAAACAAACAAGCAUAAUAAACAAGCGGAUCGAGUAAUUCUAGUGACGGAACAUUCUGUGUACAAAUUAGAUUGCAUAAAAUUUAAAAAUUUGAAGAAACGAAUGCCAAUUUCUGAAAUAACUGGCCUCAGUGUUUCGCCCGGAAAAGAUCAGCUCAUCACAAUUCAUUCGAAUCAUGGAAAUGAUUUAAUUGUUUCUUUAGUGACAAAAGAAGAUCGAAUCGGCGAACUCGUUGGUAUUUUAUGCAACGCGUAUUUCCAAUUACGACGAAGCGAUCUUUUAGUGACAGUUGCAACAAGAUUUAAAUGCAUGCUGGGCAACAAAAGUAAAGUAUUAAACGUUGAAGUACUGCCGGAUAUUGUUGAGCCAAUAUUUUCGAAAAAUGGCGACAAUAUUAUUUACGCAGUCCCUCCAUCAAUUGGAAUAAUUGACGAUAGAAUGAGAAUCAAAACGGUGAGCUAGUCUUUUUUUUUUUUUUUUUGAAAACUAAAAAAGUGAAAAGGAGAAAAAAGAUGGAAAAAAAAGUAUUUCUAUUUUAUUAUACAAAAAAUCUAUAUAUAUAUAUAUAUAUAUAUUUAUAUAUUA